UAAUUUAUUGACAAUUAUGGUCUUUGCAAGUAUUUUUAUUUUAAUUUCAAUGUUUGAACACGUGAAAAAAAUACUUAUUGAACGCAAUAGAGUAAAAAGAAUUUCUGACAAAAAUAUACAAGAUGAUUAACAUAAAAGAUGCGUAUUAUCGAUUAUCAAUGAUAUAUCAUCCAGAUAAAAAUAAAGGAAGUGGAGAAGCUGCAAAAAUUUUCCGUGAUAUAACUUCAGCAUAUGAAAUCUUGGGAAAUAUCCGUCAAAGAAAAUUAUAUGAUAGUGCAGCUAACUUAAAUCAAAAUUCUUCUCAAUUUACUACUAAACAACAACCUUUUGAAACAAUGUAUACAAAAAAUGAUAUUUAUAAAACCAAUGUCCGUAGCAGAGACUAUAAUUUUGAACAGUGGUCUAAGGCUCAUUAUACAAAUGUAUUUAGGCGACACCAUGAAACUCGACAAAAACAUACAAGAAACAAAAUUAACGAUGAAUAUGCAGAAAGACAAAAUUCAUAUAAUUUAUUGACAAUUAUGGUCUUUGCAAGUAUUUUUAUUUUAAUUUCAAUGUUUGAACACGUGAAAAAAAUACUUAUUGAACGCAAUAGAGUAAAAAGAAUUUCUGACAAAAAUAUACAAGAUGAUUAACAUAAAAGAUGCGUAUUAUCGACUAUCAAUGAUAUAUCAUCCAGAUAAAAAUAAAGGAAGUGGAGAAGCUGCAAAAAUUGUACGUGAUAUAACUUCAGCAUAUGAAAUCUUGGGAAAUAUCCGUCAAAGAAAAUUAUAUGAUAGUGCAGCUAACUUAAAUCAAAAUUCUUCUCAAUUUACUACUAAACAACAACCUUUUGAAACAAUGUAUACAAAAAAUGAUAUU